AUGUGUCAGCGGUUAUUCAGGAUUGAUCAGAACUGGAAAGCCCUUGAGAUGCAGAAACAGCUUGGAUAUUUCUCCACUUAUUCCAACUUGCAGAUCUGUCAGCACAGAGCACCAACAUGUUGCACUAAGAAGAUGGAAGAGAGCUAUCAAGCAGCUGUUCGGAGAGAGAGGAUGGAAAACAUCCAGACACUAAAUUUUGAACUGAAAUAUAUGAUUGUUGGUCACAUCACAGCUUUUCAAGCGGCCUUUGAGUCAUUGCUUCGCUUGGCCGAGAACCACACAACUUCUCUGUUUGAGACUGUCUACAGGUCCCUGUCAAAGGAGGCAGUCGAACCUGUCAAAGAGCUCUUUACAGACAUCUCUCUCUACCUCUUGGGUGCUCAGACCGCAGUGGAAAGUGCAUUUUCCCAGUUCUUUGACAGCCUCUUCCCUUUGGUUUAUAGCCGCCUAAUAAACCCAGGAAUUACAGAUUUGUCUGAAGAGUAUACAGAGUGCCUGAGGCUAACGCGGCAAGAUAUCAACCCAUUUGGACGGUAUUCGAAAGAAGCCAUAACAGAGCUGGCAAAGUCUCUCUGGGCAAGCAGAAUGUUUAAUCAGGCCCUUGGGAUGGGCAUUGAAGUGCUGAAUGCUACUGAGCAUGCCACUUUGACAAAGGAAUGUAGUCGAGCACUAGUGAAGAUGCAAUAUUGUCCUCAUUGCCAAGGCCUCACGCUCAUCAGACCUUGUGAAGGGUAUUGUCUAAAUGUAAUGAGAGGAUGUUUUGCUAGUGUAUCUGAACUGGAUGCUCAGUGGAGGGAAUACAUUUAUACCCUGGAAUAUCUUAGUAAUGAAAUGGCUGGAUCUCAUGAUUUGGAACUGGCACUGGUGGGUAUUCGGUCCUCUGUCAAUGAGGCCAUCUUGUAUUCACAACUGAAUGGACCUCAGCUCUCUGCAACUGUUGAUAAAGUAUGUGGACAUCCUGAAGAAAGAGAAAUGAAACCUCAACCAGACAAUAUAGUACAAGCAAAAGAAAUAUCUGAAACACAGACUCUCACAAUGGCACACUCCACUAUUCUAACUAAUAAAAGGAGUUCUCUGCCUCUGAAAGCUUCAAAGAAUGACAAAUCCAGAAGUUUGAAAAAAAUGUCCCGGGAGUUCAUCAACUACAUGAAACGAUCCAGAACUCUUUAUGCCUCUUUAUCAGAACGACUCUGUGAUGGGGAUCUAGUGAUGAAAGACAGCUCAACUUGCUGGAAUGGAGAGGAUGUUGUAGAAAG